GGCAUUCGUAUUCUUGUUAGUUGUCAUCGACUUAGGGCGGGAAAAUCCCAGUAUUAUGCCCAGCUAACAAGAUAAUCCGAAGAACACUUACCAAGGCCUUAUGUGUCCAAUUGAUGCUGCAAUCGCUUCAUUCCGGCAAGGGGUCUUCUGGUGCUAACUACAUCAAAUUGCAUUCUAAGGCCACGUUGAACUACACGACACAGUAUCGAGUAGCUUCACCACAACCACCAUCCGAUUUCAAGAAUCCCAUGCAAAGGGGUGAAUCGGACAGUCUGAUCGCCCAUCAAUUACACUACCUAGAAUUGAGGAGUAUGUUUCUCGGCAGGGAAGAAUUGAGAAAAGAAGCCGUUGCAUUCUGCCAGGCUUUCGUCGAUGGAAUCUUGCCUGAGAUUAUCUUAUCUUCACACUUCUCUUCAUCACCUCGAAUCACUGAACAUGGCCCUGAGAAUCCAGAACUUCCAUUCCUGGGUAAAACAUUUACGGGUCGUAAAUUCGACUCCUCUGAUAAUCAAACAUGCGAUGACUACUUCAACAUCCUAUCUCGAACACUUGAGUUUCAACUCUCACCGUCUACAUUUCCAUCUCCAGAUUCUUUUAUUGUCGAUGAGACGUGCGAGAUUCAGGGGAAGAAAGGUGUCGUUAGUGUUGUUGGAGGUGCCACUUUCAAAAGUUUGAAGACGGGAAAAACUUGGGAUGAACAAUUUAUGUAUCGAUUGAGUGAAUUUGAUGAGAAGGGAAAGAUUGGCCAUUGGGAGAUUUGGGCUGAUACUCUAUCUGCUUGGAAUGCUGUUCACAGUUGAAUUCAUAAUGAUGAGUAGCAGAUGUUCUCUGCAUGAUGUAUAACGCCUUGGAAUUG